AUGAUCCCUCACACCCCCUCCGAGUCUCCCCCUUCCAACCUUGCCGCGUUGGCGGAGGAUCAUUAUUUCAGCGCCAACCCGCCGCCGAAGGACUUGCAGAAGCACAUGAAGCUGGCGAAGGACUUUAUCGAGUUUCACUCCAAGGCGGGGAGGAGGUUGGUGUUGGUUACUUCGGGGGGUACUACUGUGCCUUUGGAGAAGCAGACUGUGCGGUUUAUUGAUAACUUUUCGGCUGGUACGAGAGGGGCUACUAGCGCUGAGUACUUCCUAGAAGCUGGUUAUGCGGUUCUCUUCCUCCACCGUCAAUUCUCCCUCCUCCCCUACUCCCGCCACUACAGCCAUGCCACCGACUGCUUCCUCGACUUCCUCCGCGAAGGCCCUAACGGAAGCGUGGUAGCCCGUGACGAGGAUGCCGGCAAGAUGCUCAACGUCCUCCGGAAAUACCGUGAGGCUCGUGACAAGAACAUGCUUCUUGUCCUCCCCUUUGUCAGCAUCUCCGACUACCUCCAUGAGCUCCGCGGCAUCGCGCAGUUGAUGAAGCCGCUGGGGCCUAAAGGGUUGCUGUAUCUCGCCGCGGCAGUCAGCGACUUCUUUGUACCUCCCGAACGUAUGUCCGAACACAAAAUCCAAUCCACCGACGCAGUUGAGGCCUUCAACAAGAAGCCGUCAAAGCCAUCAGCCUCGGAAGAGGAAGAAACCUUUGACAACUUUGACUCCUCCCCUUCCGUCCCACGCAGCAAACGCCUCGUUGUUGACCUUGAUCCCGUCCCCAAAUUCCUCAAGAAUCUGGUAGAGGGGUGGUCACCAGAGGGGAUGAUCGUCUCCUUCAAGUUGGAGACUGACCCCAAGAUUCUUGUGCACAAGGCAAAGUACUCGCUGGAUCGGUAUCAGCACCACCUGGUGAUUGGGAAUUUGCUGUCGACGAGGAAGUGGGAGGUGGUGUUUGUCAGUCCUGGGAAUCCGGACAAGUGGAUCCGGAUACCGCAGGGGGGUAAGCUGGAUGAUGCGAAGGAGGCGGAGAAGGACGAGCCGUUGGAUCCGAAGAGCUUGCCGGAGCAGGAGCCGGAGGCGGAAAUCGAGAGCUUGAUUAUUCCGGCUGUGGCAGAGUUGCACACGAAGUACAUCAAGACGAUGGAGGGGAAGAAGCUGGAGGCUUAG